AUGAAAUAUUGUUUUCAUUCAUGGAAACAAUAUGCAGUACGUUUAGAAUAUAAUCUUCAUGAUUAUCAAAAUCAUCAAAUACCAAUGAAAUUUCAAACAUUUCGCCGUACAAUUAUUAUAACAAUUGCUGCAAUAAUAAAUAUUUCAUUUUUAAUUAUAUUAGUUAUUGAUCCGAAUUUAAUUGGCCUGCCAAUUUCAUUACAAAAUUUAAAUGAAAUUUUACAUAUACAAGAAUGUCGUUUAUUAGCUGAAUUUGCUAUUUGUAAUUUAUUAUUAUUGGAACAUAUGUGUUUUAUUGUAUUUAAACGUACAUUAUGUUAUGAAUCAAUAUUUGUUUUCAUUCAUACUAGCUAUACAUUUGGUCAGCUAUUCAUAUCGAUGAAACAUUUAAUGUUUAGUAUUGAAUUUUUUUGUUUACAAUUUAAACAAUUAUUAUAUCAUUUGAAUAAUAUUUUAAAACGUAAACAACGACAACCGCAACAGCAAAUUAAUCAUUCAAAUAUAAUGUUUAUUGAUUGUUUAUUUUGGUAUUAUUUUCAUCGUCCAUAUAUAAAAUUAUAUAAUGAAACAUUACAUUUGAAUUAUUCAUUGAGAUCAAUAUUUUUAUCCAUUGAACUAAUAUCAAAAUGUUCAAUAAUAUUUUGUAGUCUUUUUUAUGGCCGUCAAAUUCAAAUGAACCUUACAGUAAUCUAUUCAUUAGUAUCAUCAUUUCCACAAUUAAAUCAAUUAUGUUGUAGUUGGUUAUCCAAUUAUAAUGCACAGCGGCAAUAUUAUUUAUUACAACGGAAACAACAACAACAACAAUUGAUUACUGGCAAUUCAUUGAUUUUAAACACUAAUAAUAAUCGUCGUACAAUACGUUUAAAUCUAUUUAUACAAACAUUAUCAACAAAUCAAUUUGGUUUAACAUGUGGUAAUCCUUGUGUGCAAAAAAUUUGA